CCAACACCGGUUAUCCUGCUGAAGGAGGGCACGGACACCUCGCAGGGCAUCCCACAGCUGGUCAGCAACAUCAAUGCCUGCCAGGUGAUCGCCGAGGCCGUGCGCACCACGCUGGGCCCGCGCGGCAUGGACAAGCUCAUCGUGGAUGACAGGGGCAAAGCCACCAUCUCCAACGACGGGGCCACCAUCCUGAAGCUGCUGGACGUCGUGCACCCGGCCGCCAAGACCUUGGUGGACAUUGCCAAAUCCCAGGAUGCCGAGGUGGGUGAUGGCACCACAUCUGUGACCCUGCUGGCAGCUGAGUUCCUGAAGCAGGUGAAGCCCUACGUGGAGGAGGGGCUCCAUCCCCAGAUCAUCAUCCGCGCCUUCCGCACGGCCACGCAGCUGGCUGUGAACAAGAUCAAAGACAUUGCUGUCUCUGUGAAGAAAGAGGAUAAAGAUGAGCAGAGGAGUCUCCUGGAGAAGUGUGCAGCCACAGCCCUGAGCUCCAAGCUCAUCUCCCAGAGCAAGGAGUUUUUCUCCAAGAUGGUUGUAGAUGCUGUGAUGAUGUUGGAUGACUUGUUGCAGCUCAAGAUGAUUGGGAUAAAGAAGGUGCAAGGAGGAGCUCUGGAAGACUCACAGCUGGUGGCUGGAGUUGCCUUUAAGAAAACCUUCUCCUAUGCUGGCUUUGAGAUGCAGCCCAAGAAGUACCAGUCCCCCAAAAUCGCCCUGCUCAACGUGGAGCUGGAGCUCAAGGCUGAGAAGGACAACGCUGAGGUCAGAGUCAACACUGUGGAGGACUACCAGGCCAUCGUGGAUGCAGAGUGGAACAUCCUGUAUGACAAACUGGACAAAAUCCACAAGUCAGGAGCCAAGGUGGUGCUGUCUAAGCUGGCCAUUGGGGACGUGGCCACGCAGUACUUCGCAGACAGGGACAUGUUCUGUGCCGGCCGUGUCCCCGAGGAGGACCUCAAGAGGACCAUGAUGGCCUGUGGGGGAUCCAUCCAGACCAGUGUCAAUGCCCUGUCGGAUGAUGUACUGGGCCGCUGUGAGCUCUUUGAGGAGACCCAGAUUGGGGGAGAGAGGUACAACUUUUUCACGGGCUGCCCCAAGGCCAAGACGUGCACCAUCAUCCUGCGCGGGGGCGCCGAGCAGUUCAUGGAGGAGACCGAGCGCUCCCUGCACGACGCCAUCAUGAUUGUCAGGAGGGCCAUCAAGAACGACUCGGUGGUGGCGGGCGGCGGCGCCAUCGAGAUGGAGCUCUCCAAGUUCCUGCGGGAUUACUCGCGCACCAUCCCGGGCAAGCAGCAACUGCUGAUCGGCGCCUACGCCAAGGCCCUGGAGAUCAUCCCCCGGCAGCUGUGCGACAACGCCGGCUUCGACGCCACCAACAUCCUCAACAAGCUGCGCGCCAAGCACGCCCAGGGCGGGAUGUGGUACGGCGUGGACGUGACCAACGAGGACAUCGCUGACAAUUUCCAGGCGUGCGUGUGGGAGCCGGCCGUGGUGCGCAUCAAUGCUCUGACGGCCGCCUCGGAGGCCGCGUGCCUCAUCGUGUCCGUGGACGAGACCAUCCGCAACCCGCGCUCCAGCGUGGAGCCUGCUGGGCCUGCUGGUGCCCGUGGCCGUGCCCGCGCCCGGCCCCACAACCACUGAGAGCUCCUGGAAACCUGGGGGAACCAGCAGCUGCUCCUUCUCCUGCUGAGAGCUCCUGGAAACCUGUGGGGAUCGACAGCUGCUCCUGCCCUGGCCAAGGGCUGGCAGCCCCACAGCCACUGAGGGCCCCUAGAAACCCACUGGGAUGAGCAGCUGCUCCUUCCCUGUCCAGGGCUGGCAGCCCCAUGGGCACUGAGCAGCUGCUUCUUCCCUGGCCAAGGGUGACAGCCCCACAGCCACUGAGAGCUGGAAACCCACGGGGAUCAGCAGCUGCUCUGCCCCUGCAGAGAGCUGCCAGCCCCACAGCCACUGAGAGCUCCUGGAAACGUGCGGGGAUCGAUGGCUGCUCCUGCCCCUGCAGAGAGCUGCCAGCCCUGGGCUGGGGGCGGUCACAGGCAGCUGCAGCCCUGGAGCUGCCCUGCCUGGCGCUGCCUCACUGGCCUGGGCAUUCCCUCGGGAGCCUUCCCUCCUCAGGACCUUUCCUUCCCCAGGCUCCUUCUCUCCUGAGGACCCUUCACUCCCUGGGGACCCUUCCCUCCUCAGGAGCAUUCCCUCCCCCGGGCUGGAGCCAGCACAGGCAGGCUCUGGGGCCUAUUUAUACUGGUUUGUGUUUUGUUCUGCUGGGCAGUUUGAAGCCAGGCUCCACCACAAUAAAAUGAGUUGGUCUCAGUGGCA